GCUCUCUCUCUCUCUCUCUCUCUCUCUCCUCUUUAUCUUUUACUUCUCUGGUUAGAACAGGGGGCAUCGUUCAGUGCAGUCCAGGAAUGGCGUCCUGCAGCAGCUGUGUAAUAACUGGAAAUACAAAUAGAUGGAGUAUGGCAUCUCUUAAAUCAGCCCUUCCUCCUUCUUCAUUACGCUUCCCAACCAUGGCCGCCGCUACUUCAUUUCAGUCCAAGCCCAAGCCCAAGUCCAAGCUGCUUCUCCGCUCUUUCAAUGGCCUCGCUCCUCUUCAACCCUCUCUCUUCCCAACUUCUUGCCCAGAAUUUACCAGCUUUGGUCAUUGUUUUCCCACUAUUGGCAAUGGGGGUCGAGUCUUUGCUAUGAGACAUGGGAGGCGAGUACCCAAACUCAAUAGGCCCCCUGACCAGCGUAAGGCACUAAUUCGGGGCCUCACAACGCAGCUCCUUAAACAUGGUCGCAUCAAGACUACGAGAGCAAGAGCUAGUGCAGUGAGGAAGUAUGUUGAUAAGAUGAUCACAUUGGCAAAAAAUGGAUCUCUUCAUAAGAGGAGACAAGCUCUUGGCUUCAUAUACGAGAAGCAGAUUGUCCAUGCCUUAUUUGCUGAGGCUCCGGAAAGGUAUGGAGAGAGGAAUGGAGGGUAUACACGAAUUCUCUUUACUUUGCCACGGCGAGGAGAUAAUGCUCCUAUGGCCUACAUUGAGCUUGUCUAGAUUUUAAGUAUAUCUGCAUGCAAACUAUUACUUGGACCAUUAUUCUCAUUUCAUGCUUCUGUUAGGUAAUAUCUUGUGUAGUAACAAAUGAUCUAAUGAAUGGUUAUUUGAUUCUUGAUAA